UCCACAUGUCUUUGAUAAAGAAAUAGUCUCAGCCGGGAAAAAUCGUUUCAGUCGGACAGCGACGGAGACACGACCUUCAAAGGACACAGGAACAUGGUGACGUGCCUCUCGGUGUCGAUGGACGGCACGCUGCUGCUCUCGGGGUCACAUGACGAGACGGUUCGACUCUGGGACAUCCAGAGCAAGCAGAGCAUCCGCUCCCUCGCACACAAAGGUCCGGUGACGAACGCUGUCAUCAUGGCGGCUCCAGCGAACAUGUUCCUCCCCGACAGUCGUCCGGCCGUCCCUCUGCCGAGGUUCAGCCGACACCUGCAGGCCUCUGAAGGGGGCGGGGCCUCAGAGGUGUGUGUCCGCCCCGCGCUCUACACACAGGAAGAGGAGCUGACGUACAUGCAGAAAGCUGAUAUGCUGAACUUGUUGAUGAACGCUGUGACAGACAAGUCGGUGUACGGAGACGGGGAGAACACGAAGGUUCGAGUCUCCGAGCUGGAGGAGGAAGUUCAAACUCUGAAGAAAGUCAACAAAGAUCUUUACGAGUUCACCAGCCAGCUGCUCACCAAACCCACAUAAACACACACUGUGACACACACAGACACACACACACACACACACACACACACACACACACACACACACACACACACACACACGGAUUCACACACCCCCGUAAACACGUGCACACGUUAAAACCGUCUGUGAUGAUUUUGUUUUUAUAAAAUAAAAUGAAUUUGUUUUGGUAAGACUU